UCCUUUUCCACCGGGGCUGUGGCCCCCAGGCAGCAGUGCUCAGCGAGCCCCUAUCAUCUCUAAGAAUAAACUCUGAAGCUGCAGGCUGUGCGGACCUGAAUCAUCGGGAAGCCCAUCGAGGAGGGGAGUGGCUUUCCGGGACAGGCAAGUGGACUAUAUAAGCCCCAGAGGGCUGGCGCUGCCCCGAUCUCUUCCACCGGCUUCUGCCUGCCAGAGGGGAGCCUUUGCAGCAGCUCUCGCACAACGCCCACCAUGUCCCAGGCUGGUGCUCAGGAGGCCCCCAUCAAGAAGAAGCGCCCCCCCGUGAAGGAGGAAGAUCUGAAGGGGGCCCGUGGGAACCUGGCCAAGAACCAGGAAAUCAAGUCCAAGACCUACCAGGUCAUGCGGGAGUGUGAACUAGCUGGUUCCACCGCCCCGUCGGUGUUCAGCGGCACCCGGACCGGCACCGAGACCGUCUUUGAGAAGCCCAAAGCUGGACCUGCCAAGAGUGUCUUUGGCUAAGAAGUGCACACCAUUCCUCUCGCCACUGCCAACUCCUAGAUGCAGGAGCCUUUCCCAAAAACUUUUUUUAUGCCAGAAUGCACCUUCUCACCUGCUGCCUCUGGGACUGCCGCCUGUCCCUCAGAGCCCUGGUCCCUCAGCCCAGGGAGUCUGCACCGGCACCUAGGGAACAAUAAAGAGGAUGCCCAAGUGA